AGCCUUCAAAUCCAGAAUACAAGGAUGUCUGACUCGGGGUUGUACACCUGUCUUGCUACUAGCUCCAGUGGAGAAACCUCUUGGAGUGCCUACUUGGACGUCAAAGACUCCACUGACCUUGUGGACUUCAUGUCUCACAACACGAGCGCCCUCCCAGGGCCACCCUCCAAGCCAGAGGUCACAGAUGUUACCAAGAGCAGCAUCUCGUUGUCAUGGGAACCAGGGCCAGAGGGGGGCUCCCCAGUGUCCUCCUAUGUCAUAGAGGCCUUUGGUCAAUCAGUGAGUAACAGCUGGCAAACUGUGGCAGAUCAUGAGAAGAUGACUGAGUUUACAGUCAAGGACCUUCGACCCAACACAGUCUACUUGUUCAUCAUAAGAGCAGUCAACAGUCAAGGACUGGGAGAUCCAAGCCUGAUGUCUGAGCCAGUCCGGACCCAAGACAUUAGUCCUACAGUACAAGGAGUGGACCACCGCCGGGUGCAAAAGGAGCUAGGGGACGUUGUGGUCAACAUGCAUAAUCCUAUAGUCCGUAGCUCCACUUCAGUGCAGGUCACAUGGACGGUGGAGAACCCAUCUCAGUUUAUUCAAGGCUACCGUGUUCUGUAUCGGCAGACUUCAGGACUGCCCUCCCCAGGGCCGUGGCAGAUGCAGGACGUGAGGAUUGCCUCCGAGAGGGACGUGACUCUCUCUGGCCUGAAGAAAGGCAUUGUCUACGAGAUUAAAGUGCGGCCAUACUUUAAUGAGUUUCAGGGCGCAGACAGUGAAUCCAUGACAGCCCGCACAAUGGAAGAAGCACCCAGUGCACCUCCACAACAAGUGACAGUGUUGACAGUGGGAAGUCAUAACAGCACAUCCAUCAGUGUUUCAUGGGACCCCCCUCUCUCUGACCAACAGAAUGGCAUCAUCCAGGAAUACAAGAUCUGGUGUCUGGCCAACGACACUCGCUUUCAUGUGAACAAGUCUGUAGAUGCAACCAUCCGUUCAGUUGUAGUCGGGGGUCUACACACCAGAGUGCAGUACCGCGUGGAGGUGGCUGCCAGUACCAGCGCUGGAGUAGGGGUGAAGAGUAAACCCCAACUCAUCAUUCUGGGAGGAGAACUGAAAGAUGUAAUGACCGGAUCAGAGGGCAACAACAGCAUCUCAGACGUGGUGAAGCAGCCAGCGUUCAUUGCUGGUUUGGGAGGGGCCUGCUGGAUUGUCCUCAUGGGCUUCAGUGCUUGGCUGUACUGGAGAAGGAAAAAAAGAAAAGGACUCAGCAACUACGCAGUCCAGUCAUUCACCUUCACUCGGGCAGUUACAUUCCAAAGGGAUAGAGGCCUGAUCAGAAAUGGAAGCCGUCCGGGUCUGUUGAAAUCGGGAGAUCCAGGCCUACCGUGGUUGGCUGACUCCUGGCCUUCCACGAGCCUCCCAGCUAAUGGAGGCUUAGGGAGCCCAAAGAACGACAACAACUUUGGCCGAGGAGAUGUUUUACCGUCUGCAGCGGUGGAGAAAACUGGCACCAUGCUGUCUGAUGGUGCCAUCUACAGCAGUAUUGACUUCAUGGGGACAGGAGGCUACAGCAGCCCAGCGCGAGGCAGCCAGCCCACCCCUUACGCCACCACUCAGAUACUCCAGUCCAACAGUUUUCAUGAGCUGGCUGUGGACAGACCAGAUCCACGCUGGAAGGCUUCUUUACAAGCCCAGCAGGAAAUGGCAAACAUGGGCUACUCCCUAACUGAUAGACGUCCUGGUGGCGGUGCAAAAGUUGCAAAGAAAAAGAAGAUCAAGGGAGGAACAAAAAGCUCUAAAUCAAACGGAGCAUGCUGGGCUAGCAUACCCCUGCCUCCACCACCCAUGAACCCUCUCCCAGGAACUGAGGUUGACCUUGAUCGUUACCCCCAGGAAAACCAUAAAGGAAGUUGGGCCCCGUCGAUGUCCAUUCAGACCUACCACCACCAGAAUUUAGACAGUGAGGCAGAGGAGGAAAGAGGUCCCACCCCACCCCUGAGGGGCAGAUCUUCCUCUCCAGCUGCAGCUUCCUUCAGCAAGCCAUCAUCCUCCACCCUCAGCUCUGCCCACCAUGAAGAGAUGCAGUCUAUUUUGCAGGCCCACUUGGAUGAACUCACCAGAGCUUACCAAUAUGAAGUAGCUAAACAGGCAUGGCAUAUGAAGAGCAAUUCCAAUGUGUCCAACUCCCCAUUGGAUUUCAUGUCUAGUACGCUGGGCUCUGAUUUGGGGGCCAAUCUUCUUUCUGAAGAAGAAGAUGAGGAGGAAAAGGAAGAUGAAAAAUAUGCUGUGGUGUCAAAGAACUUGUGCAGCUUUGAUUACACUCCUGGUCACAGCAUGGAUAACUUUGACGGCUCAGGCAAAGCCUCACCCUACAGUCACUCAGACAGCUUUGGCACAGCGGACCAUGCUGCACAUGGGACACAUAGCCUUAGACACAAGAGGGCACCACUCUCUGCCCACAGUCCUCAGACGGACAUGGUUGGAACUCUUCCCAGACAAAGAGACUCCAGCACAGACUCCCAAACACCGACCACAAAGUCUCUACAUGGCAUGGGUUCCCACGUGCACAGCUCGUGGGCAGCUGCAGCUUCAGAUCCCUCUAAGGAGUGCAUGGUAACUGUAUCAACACUAGAAAGACAACAUAUGGCUUCCUGGAGUGGCACGACAUCAUCAGGCAGGACCACCCUGAGCAGGGGUUCCCACAAGAGAUCUGGCACAGAUCUUUCCCACAACGGGCAUCCUUCCACUAACGCCUCUGACAACAGGGAACACU